AUGAGAUCUACCAUCGCCAUCACUCUUGUUACUGCUGCUUCGGCUUUUCCUCAAAUGAGUGCUCAAGCCGCUAUGACCGAUGACAUCAAUGCCUGGCAUCCAGCUGGACCUAGCGACCUCAGAGGACCUUGCCCGAUGAUGAACACUCUCGCAAACCACGGCUUCAUCCCCCGCAAUGGUGGUAACAUCACAAAAGAAAAUGCUAUCAAAGGCCUCCGCGAUGGCUUGAACUUCGACGCAGAUCUAGCAAGCUUGAUGUGGGACCAAGCCAUCAUCGCCAACCCUGAGCCCAACGCUACAUUCUUUACUCUGUUCAGUGACCAUCUCAACCGCCACAAUGUACUUGAGCAUGACGCAAGUCUCUCGCGUAUGGAUACGUACUACGGCAACAACCAUCUCUUCAACCCGGAGGCUUUUGCUACUAGCACUCGCUACUGGACCAAUGAGACAUUGACUGCGAAUAUGCUUACGAACAGCAAAUUGGCGAGAAUGAUCGAGUCUAGAGCUUUCAACCCGAACUACACCUUUACGGCCAACAAUGAAAAUUUCAGUCUCGGUGAGGUUGCUGCUCCGUUCAUUGCUUUUGGCGAUACGACUGCGGUCACUGUGCCCCGGGAUUUGGUGAUGUACUUCUUCGAACACGAGCGUCUACCUCACGAGUUGGGCUGGACCAAGAAGAACGAGACAAUGACGUUGAAGGACAUUCUGAGUGUCGUGUCGGCUAUCAGAAACGCUACGAGCUUGUUGACUCCUGACUCGGCUUCGAACCAGACUGUUGAUGGUGAGUCCCAUGGUAUUCCUGAGAGUGCGGAGAGUGCUCGUCGUAGCCUGCAUGUGCCUUUGAAGCUCUAG